AUGGGACUAAACAGCUCCCUCUACAACUGGAUCCUGGACUUCCUGACAGUCCGCCCCCAGGUUUACCACACCACACAGUACCACAUCCCACAGUACCACACCACACAGUACCACAUCCCACAGUACCACACCACACAGUACCACAUCCCACAGUAUCACAUCCCACAGUAUCACAUCCCACAGUACCACACCCCACAGUACCACAUCCCACAGUACCACAUCCCACAGUACCACACCACACAGUAUCACAUCCCACAGUACCACACCACACAGUACCACAUCCCACAGUACCACACCACACAGUACCACAUCCCACAGUACCACACCACACAGUACCACAUCCCACAGUAUCACAUCCCACAGUAUCACAUCCCACAGUACCACACCCCACAGUACCACAUCCCACAGUACCACAUCCCACAGUACCACACCACACAGUACCACACCCCACAGUACCACAUCCCACAGUACCACAUCCCACAGUACCACACCACACAGUACCACACCACACAUACCACACCACAGUACCACGUCCCACAGUACCACCGCUGUCAUCUGAGGACUGUCCCUUUCGAGAAUCUCACCAUCCACAGCGGGGGGCGCGUACGACUCGAACUCCCGCACCUCUAUGAUAAAAUCGUUAACCACCGCCGCGGAGGGUUCUGCUUCGAGAACAACGGUCUGAUCUCCUGGCUUCUGUCGGAAAUGGGAUUCGAGGUCACCAUCCUAGCCGGCCAAGUGAGAGACGCCAUCACAGGGUGGUACGGCCCGCCGUUCGGCCACUUCAUCUCCAUGGUGACGCUCGAGGGGCAUCGGUGGCUGUGCGACGUGGCAUUUGGUGGAUCAGGGUUCGAGCUCCCCAUGUCCUUAGAGACGGAAGAACCUCAGAAGCAGGGCCACAGAGUGUACAGGAUCAGACGAGCAGGAGAGAUGCACUUUCUGGAGUGGCAAGAUGAAGAGAGAGAAACUGGGCUCUGGACUGAGCUAUACAAGUUCACUCUGGACACAAGACACAGAGGAGACUUCAUAGAGAUGUGUGACUACCAUCAGAGCUCCCCUAGCUCCAUCUUCUUCUGCAAGUCUCUCUGCUCCGUGCUGAAGCCUACCGGGAGGCUCACCUACAUGGGCCAUAAACUCAUCACCACCCAGUUUCCCUCAGAUGAAGCUGGGACUGUGACUAAAGCCAGCAGAGAGCUGACUGAUGAAGAGAUACCUGACAUACUAAAAGAGGAGUUUGGAAUAAUACUGGAAUCUCAACUUGUCCCAAAGGAUGAAACUAUGACACCACCCCUCAACAUUUUUUAAAAUGUUUUCUUUUCUUUUCCUUCAUGUUAAACAACAAGACAGAAACACAUUGUCAGUUUGAUUUAAUAAAUUAAUAUACAUACACAUAA